UGGUUUUCCGCGGACAUUUUUAGUGAGACACUUGGGACAAACCAAAGGUUUAGAGAAGAUUCGACUUUUAACCUUUUUCUCAGACAGUUCCACCAACAUUUAAACUGUAAACACAAGCACUCUACUAAAAUGAACGAACCAGAAUCAAAAUAACAUUAUGUUCGGCAUCUAAACGGAUUAAGGCCCUGAAGCAAAGGUUCCUCUCAUAGACCACUCCGUGUGACUUCCUUCCUCUGCCAUAACAAACAUCUCACACGCGUGAAGUUGUGUCCACUCGGAUGUCCACGAACAGAUCGCUGACACAUUUUAAUGACUAUUUUACCGUGUAAAAGUAUAUAAGAUGGGAAAGAAGAAGACUCGUGGAGAAGGUUCAGGGUUGGGGAGAGCUUUAUUAAAGGAGAGACUAAACGCAGGCCGUGGAUACAGAAGAAAUGACACAUGGCUUCACACCAGUGAACUGAACGAUGGAUAUGAUUGGGGUCGACUCAACCUACAGUCUGUCACGGAGCAGAGCUCUAUGGAUGACUUUCUGGCCACAGCUGAACUUGCUGGAACUGAAUUUGUUGCAGAGAAGCUGAACAUAAAAUUUGUCCCAGCUGAAGCGAGGGCUGGCUUGCUUUCUGCUGAGGAGUCCACACGAUUAAAGAAGCUCCAUGAGGAAAACAAACAGUUCUUACGAAUUCCCCGGAGGCCUCUCUGGGACGAGAGCACAAGCCCCGAGGUUCUGCAGCAAAACGAGAGGGACAGUUUCCUUAUAUGGAGAAGAGAACUGGCUCGGUUGGAAGAGGAACAGAAGUUGAUUCUUACCCCUUUUGAGAGGAAUCUUGAUUUCUGGAGGCAGCUUUGGAGAGUUAUCGAGAGGAGUGAUGUUGUGGUUCAAAUCGUCGAUGCCAGAAACCCGCUUCUCUUCCGCUGUCCAGAUCUCGAAAAAUAUGUAAAAGAGGUCUCGGUUCAUAAAGUGAACAUGCUUCUGCUGAACAAAGCCGACCUCCUCACUAGAGAACAACGGCGAGCUUGGGCCCGAUACUUCCAGAAAGAGGGCAUCCGAGCGGCGUUCUGGUCUGCUUUGGCUGAGGCACAGCGACUUGAGGCCGAGGAGAAGGGAGAAGAGCCGAUGGACCAAGAGGAUCAGAGCGAUACAGAACAGGAAGCAGCCUCCAAAAAUGUCACAGAUCUUCAUGAGGAUCCUAAUCCUAAUGAAGAGGAAGAUGAAGAGGAAGGAAGAGUCUUUGUCGAUGAGACAGAAUGGCAGACGUGCUCUGAGGAAUCCGGAGAUGAAGAUCACUCUGAGGAGAAACCGGAAUCCACAGCCGUUUCAUCUUUCUACAACUCCAGCCGUUUGUUACGCAAAAAUGAGCUGCUGGAAAUGUUUAAGGGUGUGCACUCUGGGCCGACAUGCAAAGAUGGACAAAUCACAGUCGGACUGGUGGGAUAUCCUAAUGUUGGAAAAAGCUCUACCAUCAACACCAUCCUGAGAAAUAAGAAAGUCUCCGUUUCAGCAACACCUGGACACACAAAGCAUUUUCAGACUCUGUUCGUUGAUCCUGGUCUCUGCCUGUGUGAUUGUCCCGGACUGGUCAUGCCUUCUUUUGUGUCCACCAAAGCUGAGAUGAUUUGCAGCGGGAUCCUACCCAUCGAUCAGAUGAGAGAUCAUGUUCCAGCCGUCUCUUUGGUAUGUCAGACUAUCCCUCGAUCUGUGCUGGAGGGGACCUACGGGAUCAACAUCAUCAGACCAAGAGAGGACGAGGCCCCCGAUCGCCCCCCCACCCACGAGGAGCUGCUCAUGGCAUAUGGAUAUAUGAGAGGUUUCAUGACGGCACACGGCCAGCCAGACCAAUCAAGAUCAGCCCGUUACGUCUUGAAAGACUAUGUGAAUGGUAAACUGCUUUACUGCCACUCUCCACCCCACAUCAACCCUAAAGACUUUCAGCCUCAGCAUGCCAGGUUUACCAGACCGAGCGGAGGAGUCGGACAGAUCAGCAGCGACGCCGGCAAACCAUCGAAAGUCAAACGCAUAGAGAACACAGUGGAUAAACAUUUCUUUCAUCAGGAAAACGUGCAGGCGCUGACCAAGGGUGUGCAGAUGGUGAUGGGUUAUAAGCCCGGAAGCGGUCCUGUUGGACCUGGAAGUGCAAACACAGAACAGACUGGUAAACCCUGGAAAAAACAUGGCAACCGGAACAAGAAGGAGAAAGUGAGAAGACUCAAUAAACAUCUGGAUGCAUAAUAAUCCCUAUACUAAGAUUUUUUUUUUUUUGAUCGGAUACUCUUUAAUGCAAAGACUUUAAUUUCACCAUGUCUUAUACCUGGAUGGGAUUAAAAAGUGCUGCUGGACAUUCCCCUUUGUAUGAAAUGUCAUCACUCAUAAUAAUAAACGAUCACUCUGUGUUUAAUCAGUGUACUGGAUGAAGAAAGUAAUGGACACAGACAAACGCUAAUAAAUAAAGAUCUCAUCAUGAUGUCCUUAAAAGCACUUUUGUUAUUUACUAAAAUUAUUGAUUUGAUUUAUUGAAUACGUGGUUGACUAACAAAGCUGACAAUGAUCAUAUAUGAAGAGUUUUUCAGUGCAAUUCUCUCUAAAUUCUCUCUUUCUCUCUCUAAAGCCUUAUGAUUAGUACUGUGUUUUUGAGAGAGCAUGAAAUUGUAUGGUAGUAAUAGACAAACGUUACAUUUUUAAGGGAAAUAUUUAUGUAAAUCUAUAAGAUAGAACGUGUAUAUUUUGAUGCGUAGAUUUGUCAUUAAAUCGUGCAAGUUUCUUACUA